AUGUCUUCACAACAGACCGAGUUCUUCAAGGACAACCUCCCUGCCCAGCGCGAGGUCACCACUCCCGAUUCUGUCCCUAGCUCUCCUGAGCUCGGAAGCUCCAGCUCCAGUGACAGCAUUGCCAGUCUCGGAUCUCCCGCCUCCCCCCUCUCCCCUCCUGUUUCCCAGCCCGUGGCAGACUCUUUUGUCUUUGCCUUCGACAUCGAUGGUGUCCUUGUCCGCGGUGGACGAGCCAUUCCUGAGGCCCUCCAGGCCAUGAAGGUCCUAAAUGGCGAUAAUGAAUACGGAAUUCAAGUGCCUCACAUCUUCCUCACCAACGGUGGUGGUAAGACUGAAGAGGAGCGAUGCAAUGAUCUCUCCGGCCAGCUCCAGUGCGAUAUCAAGCCUGGCCAGUUCAUCUGUGGCCACACUCCCAUGAGAGAGAUGGCUGAGAAAUACGGAACCGUGCUUGUUGUCGGAGGUGAGGGUGAGAAGUGCCGACAUGUUGCUGAGGGCUACGGCUUCAAGGAUGUCGUGACCCCUGGCGACAUUAUCAAGCACAACGCUGCCACCACUCCUUUCCGCAAGCUCACUGAUGAGGAGCGUCGCAACUCCCGAGACCGCGAUUUCACCGACGUUGUCAUUGACGCCGUCUUCGUCUUCGCCGACUCUCGCGACUGGGCUGGUGAUAUUCAGAUCAUGCUCGAUGUUGCCAUGUCCAAGGGUGGCCGCCUCGGCACCCGUAGCGAGACCAACGACGAGGGUCCUCCCUUCUACUUCUCCCACAACGAUGUUGUUUGGUCCGCUGCUCACGAGCACGUUCGUCUUGGAAUGGGUGCCCUCCGUCGUAUGUUCGAGGUUACUUUUAAGGACCUCACUGGUGGCAAUGGUGUCCUGCACACCCAUGCUUUCGGCAAGCCUCAGGUGUCUACCUUUGAGUUUGCUUCCCGUUUGAUGGGUCAAUGGCGACAGACUGAGCACGGCCUUGUUGCUCCUCCCGACACUGUUUACUUUGUUGGUGACACUCCCGAGAGUGAUAUUCGAGGCACCAACGCUGUUAACAAGGUUGCCGACAAUGACUGGUACAGCAUUCUGGUCAAGACCGGCGUCUACCAGGAUGGCACUGAACCCGCUUACAAGCCUCGCGUCACCGUUGAGAACGUCCUCGACGCUGUCAACCACGGCAUCAAGCGCGAGAUGGACAAGAAGGCUGCCAAGGGUCAGAUGACCAAGCCUGCCCUUGUCCCUGAGUCUGGCAUCACCGAGAUUGCCGUCGAUAUGGACGGCAUCACCAUUUAA